AUGCGCGCUCGCAGCGCAAUUCCUUGGACGGGUGCCCCACCCAUGGACAGGGGUGGUCGCAAGCGCGACGUCCAACCGGCGCGCGAGCUGGUGGCCCCCCUCGACGAUCCCGACCCCCCCGGUAAGCCGGCCGCCGCCGCUAAGCGCCCGGCGCCUAUGUCGGCCGGGGGUUCGAGUGGCUCUUGUCGCUCGGCGGCCAGUUUCAGGCCCGCCGGCCGCGGGCAAUGGCACCACAACGCGACCCAGAUGGGGUCCUCCUUUGCGGCCCGCGGGCUUGCAAGGGGCCGUCGUCACCCAGGGCAGCCUAUCGCGAUGCAGCCGUGCCUGGUUUGCUUUCUGCUUGUCCUUGGCACGCAUGGCCUAGAUGGCCGUGUUGGGUGA